UGUGUUUCUCAGGGACAUGGAGAAUAUGAAGAAUUAAGUGAUGAAAAAAGUUUCUUCGAAAAAUCAAAACUGAGUCCAAACAUGGUGUUACACUUUUAUAAAGAUGGAUCAACUCGAUGCAAAAUUGUUGUUUAUCAUUUAAAAAUAUUGUGUGCACAACAUUUAGAAACACGUUUGGUUAAACUAAAUGUUACACGUUUUCCUUUUCUGACAGAACGAAUGAAGAUUCGUGUCAUACCAACUAUGUCAAUAUCCAAAGAUUUUAUUGUUGGUUUUACUGAGUUGGGGAAUUGUGAAGAUUUCUCAACAGAGAUGUUGGAAUGGCGUUUAGCACGGUCGCAAGUUAUUGAUUACAAGGGAGACUUACUUAAUCCACCAGAUGUUGUCAAGAACAACCGAACAAUGUUAUUAGAGAAAAAUAAAAAAAUAAGAGGUUAUGUAGGAAAUGAUGAUUCAGUUUAA